AUGUCGAGUGUGGUUGACCCUCUUGGUGAGACGACACACCGAGAGGCUUGGGUCUGCCCUGAUUGCUCAGUGGAGAUUCCUCGGGACAAUACCUACUGCCGAGUCUGUCUGCGUUCUCGGCCAAUGGAUCGUUAUGGUGUGCCUCAGAUUUUUGCUGGGUACAAAAUUCACUUUAACGGAGUUAUUCCACGCGCCAUUAAACAUCCAAGUCAUUCAGUGGAGUGGCGUAUGGCUGAACGUCAUGGGGCGAUAUGCAUGGCGGACUUUGAUACCACCCAAGUGAACUUGUUGAUAUACCGCCCUGGGUACGAGCGUAGUAUCAAGGUGCGGAGAUGUGUGGAGGGGGAAAACAAGAAUAUCCCUGCAGUCCCCAUCACCUGGAUGCUAGACUGCCUGCUGCAGUCGCGUCAGAUUCACGCUGCGCUAUAUCGUCUAAUCUCUAUUCCAGCUGUGGCGCAACCCACAGGCAACGGACCUGCGCUUCCUCACCAUCAACACCCUUACUAUCUCAUCAACAUGGAGGAGUACGCCAUAUCAACAUCAUUUUCAUAUAAGCAGAAGGCAACCGAUGGUACUAGAACAAAUAAGGUGGUUGACACAAAUGCAGAGCUUCCACCCACACUUAAGAUCCCAAAACUGCAAUAUACCAAUGUUAACGUUUUCCGGGCCGUUUGCAACACGCAAAAUGGUAAGGCAACUGCAGAGGAUGAUGAAGCAAAUUAUGAAGAGGCUGGUGAACCGCGCAAGCGGGUGGCUAAUAUUGAGAUUCUUGACUGUGAACAAAGAAAAAACUGUGUCGACAAUUUUCUGUUUGGUGGUAUGAAGUUUGUCCUUACCCCAUCACUGGAGUCUAACCCACUGGUGGCCCGAGCACUUAAGAUUUGUGGAGCCAAAAUUGUCCCCUUGUCAGCAGGAAGGCUUGACAAAAUCCUACGCACAGACGUGACACACGUGUUGUACGACCAUAGUGAGAAGAAGUGCGACGUCAUGGUGGAAGCAGCGCACAUUAAGAAGGACUUCCCUGGGCUUACGUUGGCACAACUCAACUGGGCAGAAGACUGUUUGAUACUUGGAGAAGUUGUUCCCCCGUACGGUCACUACGUUCCAACGGAGAAGCUACUGAAUACCCUUGCAAAGAGGUAUACUAGGCGGUGA